AAGAAAACGCCACCGAAUGCAUUGCUUGGCAACGCGUCUGGGAUCUGCCGCAUUCCGUCCCGAGCACUCGGCGGGAGAAUGUUUCUUUUCUGUCGUUACGUCUAAAGCGGCGCCUGCAGAACAGCGCCUUUUAUUUCCAUUUCUUCCCUUCCCUCGGAGCGGGGAGGAGGAGAGGAAUUCGCUGGGCUUGGAAACUUGCUCCUACCAGCAGACGACGCUCCUUCCUCUCUGCUUUCCGUCCAAGCCGGCGGAAGGCAGCUCGCCUCCCUCUCGCACGGCAGAGCCAGCUUGAAAUAAAAUCCGAUUUCAUUUGAAAGAAGCAUUUCCUGGUCUCUCAUCAGUGUUGGGACUAAGUGAUUUGGCUGUGCCUGAACCCCUGGCAGUCUUUUGCCCAUAACAAUUUGGUGACCCCAAAGAGACCACACUGCUUGAUGUUGCCAAGGCCCUGAUACUCUUAAACCUGACCAAAGGAGCAACACAGGCCACGUGUGAAAAAUGCCUACAGAUGCUCCGAGACAUGUGGGAGUGUGGCGACAAACCAGAGCUCUUUUAUACAAGAACUGCCUAGUUAAAUGGAGGACGAAAAAGAGCAGUGUUCAGGAAGUCCUACUUCCACUUUUCUUUUUAUUUUGGCUAAUAUUAAUGAGCAUGAUGUAUCCAAACAAGAAAUAUGAUGAGGUGCCUGAUUCUGAUCUUUAUUCUGUGGAUCACUCCAGCAUCUCUGAGUUAAUUGUUGGCUACACACCAGCGAAUGAUGAGACAAGAAAAAUCAUGCACAAAAUGUCUGCAGAAUACUUUACAGAAGGAAUAAUUACAGAAGAAUUUCUAAGUGAGGAGGGAAUGCAAGAGGCUAAUCUUCGUAACCCUCGAAAAUUUGUGGGUGUAAUUUUCAAGGAUUCUAUGUCCUACCAUCUCAGAUUUCCUCCUGCAAAGGUUCCAGUAUCUGCAAUUUAUAUGGAAUCCAGAGCCAGCUGCCCAAGCCCUUCCAAGAUAUGUGAAGCUGAAACGUACUGGCGCAAUGGAUUCACUGCUCUACAGAUCAGUAUUGAUGCAGCAAUUAUACAGCUGAAGACUAAUCAUUCGCUAUUGGAAGACCUGAAACUAACAAACGCGGUCAUGAUGGGAGAGUCUGCCAUUAUGGAAAUAGACAGUUUCCCUCGUGCAAUCAUUUUAAUUUAUUUAGUAAUUGCCUUUUCCCCCUUUGGUUAUUAUUUGGCAAUUCAUAUCGUGGCAGAAAAGGAGAAGAAAUUGAAAGAAUUUUUAAUGAUCAUGGGUCUCCACGACACUGCCUUUUGGCUUUCUUGGGUCCUACUGUAUACCAGUCUGAUAUUUGUCAUGUCCCUUCUCAUGUCGAUCAUUGCAACAUUCUCUUCGCUCUUUCCCAAAAGUAGCAGCUUUGUGAUAUUUCUUCUUUUUUUCCUAUAUGGAAUAUCUUCCGUUUUCUUUGCAUUUAUGCUGACUCCUCUCUUCAAAAAAUCAAAAUAUGUCGGUACGGUUGAAUUUCUGACCACCCUGGCUUUUGGUUUUGUGGGCCUGACAAUCGUCCUGCUGGAGGAUUUUCCAAAGUCAUAUGUCUGGUUACUAAGUCCUCUGUGUCAGUGCACAUUUUUGGUUGGUGUUGCACAGGUGAUGCAUCUGGAAGAUUAUGAAGAAGGAAGCGUUUUCUCAAAUUUAAGCCAUGGUCCUUACCCUCUAGUUAUUGCACUUUCACUAUUGGCCCUGGACAGCAUGCUUUAUCUACUCCUAGCACUUUACCUGGAUCAGGUGAUUCCAGGAGAAUAUGGACUGCGGAGAAACUUUUUUUUCUUCCUGAAACCAUCGUUUUGGUUAAAGCGAACCAGAAAUUAUAAAGAAUUGUAUGAGAGCAGCAUUAACGGGACCUUAGAUUUCAAUGAGAUAAUUGAACCGGUAUCCUCUGAAUUUCAGGGGAAAGAAGCUAUCAGAAUCAACUGUGUACAGAAAACAUUUGUUAAGAAAGGUGAAACUGUCGAGGCUCUAAAAAGUUUAUCCUUUGACAUAUAUGAGGGUCAAAUAACAGCAUUACUUGGACAUAGUGGAACAGGAAAAACAACCUUAAUGCACAUUCUUUGUGGAUUGUGUCCACCUUCUGAUGGUUUUGCGUCAAUCUAUGGAUAUAGAGUUUCUGAAAUAGAUGAAAUGUUAGAAGCAAGAAGAAUAACUGGAGUUUGCCAGCAGUUAGAUAUAUAUUUUGAUGUACUAACAGUGCAAGAAAAUUUGUCAAUAGUUGCCUCAAUUAAGGGGAUACCCCCCAAUGAUAUGAUACAAGAGGUCCAGAGAGUUUUACUAGAUUUGGAUAUGCAGCCCAUAAAAGAUAACCAAGCAAAAAAGUUAAGUGGAGGACAGAAAAGGAAGCUGUCAAUUGGAAUUGCGAUUCUUGGAGAUCCAAAGGUAUUACUCUUAGAUGAACCAACUGCUGGCAUGGAUCCGUGCUCACGGCAUACAGUUUGGAACCUGUUGAAAAACGGAAAAGCCAAUCGCGUGACGGUGUUCAGUACCCAUUUCAUGGAUGAAGCAGACAUUCUUGCUGAUCGGAAAGCUGUGAUUUCUCAAGGAAUGCUGAAAUGCCUUGGCUCCUCUCUGUUCCUUAAAACAAAAUGGGGGAUUGGCUACCGCUUGAGUAUGCACAUAGACAGGUACUGUAACACAGAAGGUACAGCAUCUUUGAUCAGACAACAUAUCCCUGGAGCCAGUUUGUUAAAGCAGACUGAAGAGCAGCUUGUGUAUGCCUUACCUUUUAAUGACAUGGACAAAUUUUCAGCACUGUUUGCUGAUCUAGACACUCACUCUCAUUUGGGUGUUAUUUCUUAUGGAGUAGCCAUGACGACUUUGGAGGAUGUCUUCCUCAAGCUGGAAGUCGAAGCUGAAAUCGACCAAGCGGAUUUCAGUGUAUUUAACCCAGAGCAAGCUGAAGAGGAAAUGGAUGAGAAAUCUGUUGAUGAGUUAGAGCAGAGCCUACUACUGCUAUCCGAGACGAAAUCUUGUGCAUUGAGCAAUAAGUCUCUUUGGAAAAAGCAGGUCUUUACCAUGGCGAAAGUACACUUCCUUAACUUAAAACGAGAGGUUAAAUCAGUGGCAGCAGUAUUCUUGCUAUUCGCAGUGUUUCUUCUUAUUCAGAUUCUUAUGUUCCUUAUACACCAUUCCUUCAAAAACGCAGUGAUCCCUAUCAAACUCUCCCCAGAUUUAUAUUUUCUUAGGCCCAAUGAAACUCAUCACAAAUACAAAACCAGUCUCCUCAUUCAAAACUCUACAGGAUCAAACAUUGACGACAUCCUCAGAUCUCUUAGGAGCCAGAAUAUUCUGACAGAGAUACUCAAUGGCAGUGACUACGGAUCAGCUGACGCCCAUGGAACAGCAUUGAAUGGUAGUGAUUACGUCUCAUUUGCUCCACAUAAUGCAGGAUUAAACGUGUUGCAUGAUGACAAGAACUACAUGUUUACAGUGGCUUUUAACCGUACAAUGGUACAUUCUUUACCUGUUAUGAUGAAUAUCAUUAGCAACUUGUACCUGCACAAUUUAAACGUAACUGAAAGGAUCCAUGUCUGGAGUAACCCUUUCUUUCAAGAAAUUACUGACACAGUUUUCACACUAGUUCUGUACUUUGAGGCUGUGUUACUAGGCGUCAUUGUAACCGGGAUGCCGCCGUAUUUUGCCAUGGAGAACGCAGAAAAUCACAAGAUCAAAGUCUACACUCAACUUAAGAUCUCAGGUCUUUAUCCAUCUGCAUACUGGUGUGGACAGGCGCUAGUUGACAUUCCUUUAUUUUAUAUUAUUCUCCUCCUCAUGAUGGGUAGCUUAUUUGUAUUUCACCAUGGAGUUUAUUUUUUCCCUGAAAAGUUUAUUGCUGUGAUUUUUUGCCUCAUUGGCUACGUGCCAUCAGUAGUUCUGUUCAAUUAUGUUGUCUCCUUCACCUUUAAAACGAUUCAAAACACCAAAGAAUUUUGGUCAUUCAUUUUUUCAGUGGCAGCCUUGGUUUGUUCUGUUGUCAUCGAAAUAGCGUUUUUUAUGGUGUACUACACAACAGCGGCCGUCCUUCACACCUGUUUUUCUGUCUUCAUUCCAAUCUAUCCCCUUAUUGGGUGCCUCAUUUCUUUUAUAAAGAUAGCCCGGAAACUUGAUAACAAGAUGGAAAGGAAUUCAGAAAGAUUGCUGGUUUCAGUAGUAGCGCCUUAUUUGCAAUGUGUAAUUUGGCUCUUCCUUCUACGAUAUCUUGCGGUGAAGUGUGGAGGCAAAUCGUUGAGAGAAGACCCAUUUUUCAGAACUCCCGUGAAAGUGAAGCCCUGGAAGUUCCCAGAUGUGCCACAUAAUGAAGAUGAGGAUGAAGAUGUUAUGGCUGAGAGGUUGAGGGUUAAGGAGAUGACAACCUGCCAGAGCUGUGAGGAGAAACCAGCCGUUUUGGUCAGUAAUUUGCAUAAAGAGUACGGUGAAAAGAAAGAUUUUCUUCUCGGAAGGAAAAUAAAGAAAGUGGCAACGAACCAUGUCUCUCUUUGCGUAAAAAAAGGGGAGAUUCUGGGACUGUUGGGCCCCAAUGGAGCUGGGAAGAGCACACUCAUUAAUAUAUUGGUGGGAGAAGUCGAACCAACUUCAGGCCAGGUGCUGAUGGGAGAUUAUUCCUUAGGUGAGAAUAAUGAGGAUAGCUCCAUGAGAUUUGUGGGAUACUGUCCUCAGACAAACCCACUCUGGCCUGAUAUUACAUUGCAGGAGCAUUUUGAAAUUUAUGGUGCUAUCAAAGGAAUGAAUGAAAGCGACAUGAAUGAAGUCAUAAAAUGCGUUUCCAGUGCACUUGACUUCAAGGAACAUCUUCAGAAAAGGACAAAGAAACUUGGAGCAGGAAUCAAACGGAAGCUAUGUUUUGCCUUAAGUAUGCUUGGUAACCCUCGUAUUACUCUACUAGAUGAGCCAUCUACUGGCAUGGACCCCAAAGCAAAGCAACAUAUGUGGAAAGCAAUUCGUGCAGCUUUUAAAAGUAAAGAGAGAGCAGCCAUUCUGACAACUCACUAUAUGGAAGAAGCAGAGGCUGUGUGUGAUCGAGUCGCAAUCUUGGUGUCUGGAAAAUUAAGAUGCAUUGGUACAGUUCAACAUCUCAAGAGUAAAUUUGGCAGAGGAUAUUUCUUAGAAAUGAAACUGAGACAUGUGCCGCUUACAGAGAAGAAGGAGUAUCUUCAGAGGGAGAUUCUGCGCAUCUUUCCAAAUGGAAGUUACCAGGAAAGUUUUGAAUCUAUUUUGGCUUACAAAAUCCCAAAGGAAGAUGUCCACUCACUUGCAUUAUCGUUUUCUAAACUGGAGGAAGCAAAACAUGCGUUUGAUGUUGAAGAGUACAGCUUCUCUCAAGCAACACUAGAACAGGUAUUUGUGGAACUUGCAAAAGAGCAAGAGGAAGAAGACAGUGGUUUUGGAACACUAAACAGCACACUUUGGUGGGAACGAGCGCAGGAGAGAGUGGUUUUCUGAUCUGGUCCGCGUUGUAGAAUUUUACCUCUUUCAUUCUUCAACUUUUUUUUAAAGGACUGUUCCCCCCCCUCGUCUUUGUUUCCUUCUUUUGGAAUGUGUAUGAGCACAGUGAAUCGGAAACGUAUUCCCAAACAAUUAUAAGUAUAAAUAACACUGAUUUCACCUAAAAAUGCAAAAUGGAGCCUAUUCACCUUCUUUGCCUUACAUACAUCAACAUUAUAAAUGUCUUUUAUCUAUGACUUGCUCUUUUUAUGUGAAAUGUUUUGUAGCCAUGGCAGAAAGAGGGCAGAUUAGAAUUUAAUUUUUGGGGUGCAAUAUAUGCUUUCUACUCUAGAAUUUCAUAUACCAAAUUGCAUCAGUCAGUACAAGUAUAUGGUAUCCUCUUUAGCAGAAGACAACUACAGAUUUUUAAAAUUUAUGAUUACAAGGCAUUUAAAUGUGAUGCAGUUCAUGAAGCUUGAUUUCAAGAACCACCUCUGAAGUUGUAGGGAGAACAUUUUGCGACACCACUGAGCAAUCUACAGUAUAGUAAUCGGUUUAUAUGGAUAUUUUUCAGAGGAGAUUUUUGCUAAAGACCAUACUGACAUGGUUCCGGUUCAACCUGGUAACUCCUGUCAGUUUGCACACAUUUUUAUGUAAGCUAAAUCAUAAGAGAAAGCAGUUCCCUAGACUAGCAGGUAUUAUUCAGGUGGCUCAAAGCUCAGGUACACCUCAAUUUGUAAUAAACCACAAAAUAGAAUACUUAGCAUUUAUUUAAUCUUCUUCAAACUUCUGGGGAAAUUCAUAUUGGAAUUUUCUUUGUAUGCUAAGUGCUCAAGUUGAUCUUACUGUGCAACCCAAAGUAAGGAAGUCUGCCUGGGGACAGGAACAUUGGCAGUUCUGGCAUCACAGACUCCCAUUUCAUACAGUCCCCAUUGUAUGAUGGCUGAGAAAAGGGGAACAAGAGCAUCAGAAGGCACAAGGACACGUCCAUGAUAGCCCCACCCACAGCAGCAAAUUCAGACACAGCUCCCAGCAGCAAAGGCUGAUCCACCCAGUACACACAUGACCAGACAACACAUGACACUCACACUCACUGUGAUACUGUAAAUACACUUAGCACCAGCAGUGCUGCAGCUGGGUGGUAAUCAACACCUUGUCAUUUCCACUUCAGGUCCCUAAACGCAGCACUCACACCACCGAAACACACGACAACAGGCAGAUCAUUUUUU